UUUUUUUAUUAUCAUUCAUUAUCUUUCCGUACAUCUUAUUUUUUUUAUUAACUGCUUGUUUUCCCCAGUCUCACCUAACAUGUUGUUGAGGAGUAUCUUGCCUGUUGACCUUUCACCUGUGGCUCCUCGUGCCUCAAGUCAUCAUACCUCUUCACCGAUUUUUUCCUCCGAACAAGGCAAUGUUCAAGGGGAUGCAUGCUAUAAACGAUCACUGUACAAAAACUCCUCUUUGCUUCGAUUACUUCCGCAAUACGCAUUAUCACCAGGGGUCCAACUGAAUACAUGGUAUCGACUUCCUCUCAAGCUCGUCACGGAAAUGGGACUGCCUUUGGAACCCUCCGUAGCGGACAUUUGUUCCCUUGAGCUCCAAUGUCAGUUAGUUUGUCGCCGGAAGCAGCAAGGAUGGGUAGCCGUGGAAGGAGUAGAUAUUCGAGCGUUGACUUGUGACGCAUGGGAUAUGGUAAGCCAAGAGAGUCCUUGGCCUGGUUUUGACGGUAGUGGCUACGGAGGAAUGGAUUACCGAUUCACAAGAUGCGUUGCCGAUGAAUUUUAUCUCCUCAUCGAUGCAUGUCAACCUCAGUCGUCCUCAGUUCGUAUACUCUCUGUCACCCUAGGACCGUUUCGUUUGGAUACUACAUCAAACAACCAGUCUUCCUCACUUGUCACUCAUGCUGCCGUGAGUGAUGCGGAAACUCGACAGCAGAUUCACCGUGCUCUGCGGAUUCCAGGUCAUCAGACUUACUUUAUGCUUCAAGAGAACUGGUGCCACACCACCACGGGAAAGCUUUGGGAUUCCGCUCUGAUCUUGGCCAGCAUUUUUACGCAGGCCAUGCAAAAAAAUCCUCAACUUUUAGCAAACCGUCGUAUCAUUGAUCUCAGCGCAGGGACGGGUUACAUCGGUCUAUUGAUGGCACAUUUGCAGGACCAUUACUGUCAAUCGUUAGGCAACGAGGCACCGCCAGAAAUAAUAUUAACGGAUAUUGCCGAGGGAUUGGACCAUAUUCGAAGGAACCACCGAUUGAACGAAUUUUCAUCGAUGCGUCCAAAGAUCGAACCACUUCAUUGGGGGGAUACCAAAGCUGCCAAGAAAAUCGUCAAGGAACGACCGGUGGAUAUUAUCAUUGCAUCGGAUUUAUUGUACAACGCAUGUGAUUUUGUACCCUUGAUCCGCACUCUUCGAGAUCUAAGCACGCCAGGUAUUACCGUGAUUUAUCUGGGAUACAAGCGACGAGGGUUCGGCAGUACGGAAGAACAGCAGUUCUUCAAGCUGUGUCAGCCAUACUUUGAUAUUCGACGAUGCAGUAAUAUACCACCAGCACAGCAUGUAGACUGGGAACGAGCACAAGGUUGCUUGUUGCCACAGGCAUAUGAACCGAAUAAUGAGGAAUCCUGUACACCAUUUUUGGGACGCCAACAGAGAUCCAGCGUUCAAAUCUAUAGACUCGCUUUAAUUACAAAUGCCAAAAACUAGAUCCAUCGGCUACAGUAGCUCUUGAUUUCAAUCGCUAGAAAAUAAAAUAAAAAUGGGAAUGAGAACUUUUUGCGCCG